AUGGCUCUAGUCAAGAUCCCUGGACCGCCGGGUUAUCCAGUCAUCGGCAACAUUGCAGACGUCGAUCCCAACGAUUCUCUACGCUCUUUCGUACAGCUAGCAGAUAAGUACGGAGAAAUAUUUCGACUUACUUUCCCAGGAACCAAGCUCGUAAUCGUCUCGACGUUUGCUUUAGUUGAUGAGCUAUGCGACGAGAACCGCUUCAGAAAGGUUCCCGCCAGCGUGUUAGCUGAGCUCCGCCACGGGAUUCACGACGGGCUUUUCACAGCGUUUCCCGACGAGCCGAACUGGGGCAUUGCUCAUCGUGUGCUCAUGCCCGCAUUCGGGCCAAAGAACAUCAGAGACAUGUUCGACGAGAUGCACGACAUUGCUUCUCAGCUUGUGCUAAAAUGGGCCCGACAGGGCCCAAAUACCCGGAUCCACGCCGCCGAUGACUUUACUCGGCUUGCUCUCGAUACUUUAGCUCUGUGCUCCAUGGGAUUCCGCUUCAACAACUUCUAUUCGGAGAAGGAGCAUGAGUUUGUCAGCGCCAUGGGAGAAUUCCUGAUGGAAAGCGGUCGGCGCCCGCAGAGGCCGCCACUACCGGCAUUCCUUUUUCGCAAGCAGGACGAAGAGUUUGAGGGUCACAUCCAAGUUCUACGUAGGACGGCGGAAGCCGUACUGAAAGAGAGGGCCACCAACCCCAAGAACGACCGGAAAGAUCUACUAGCUGCGAUGCUGCGAGGAAGAGACACGCAGACCGGGGAGAAGAUGAGUGAUUCCUCAAUUAUCGACAAUUUGAUCACGUUUCUCGUCGCUGGCCAUGAGACUACAUCCGGAACGCUUUCUUAUGCCAUGCACCAACUCCUCCGUCAUCCUGAAGCGUACCGCAAGGUGCAAGAAGAAGUUGACUCUGUCGUCGGAGACGGCCCUGUCACAGUCGACCACAUGCAGAAGUUUCCUUACAUAGAGGCAGUGCUUCGAGAAGUCUUGCGCCUAGACUCGCCAAUCCCUAUCAUCGCCCGCAACGCUAUCGAACCAGAAGCCCUACUAGGCGGGAAGUACCAGGUGAAGCAGGGUGACUCUUGUCUGAUGCUCCUCACAAAGUCCCAUCUGGAUCCAGCAGUGUUUGAUGAUCCGUUGGUGUUUCGACCGGAGCGCAUGUCGUCGUCGAAUUUUGCGAAGCUUCCUAAGAACGCUUGGAAACCAUUUGGAAGUGGUAUGAGAGGUUGUAUUGGACGACCAUUCGCAUGGCAAGAGUCGAUUCUUGCCAUGGUACUUCUUUUCCAGAACUUCAAUUUUGAAAUGGACGAUCCCGACUACGUUCUGGAGCACAAGCAGACACUGACAAUCAAGCCAAAGGACUUUCACAUCAGAGCGGUUCUCCGACAGGGUCUAACUCCGACAUCGCUGGGCCGCCGCCUGAAUGGUGGCACGAAUGGAGUAGUAAACAUUAAACACGCCACGGGGCCCUCCAGACAGUCAUUACCGAGGCAAGCGAGUGCCCAUGGUCAACCAAUGACUAUUCUAUACGGUUCGAACAGCGGCACAUGCGAAGCAAUGGCGCAUCGUCUUGCCUCGAAUGCCCCUUCGCACGGCUACCAAGUUACACGGUUAGAAAGUCUGAACAGCGCCAUUGGAAAGAUACCACGGGACCAUCCCGUCGUAAUCUUCACGUCGAGCUAUGACGGAGAGCCGCCAGAUAACGCCAAACAGUUUGUUCAAUGGCUCGAAUCAGUCAAGAGCGGGGAGUUGGCAGGUAUCAGAUACUCCGUCUUUGGCUGUGGGAAUCACGAUUGGGCCCAGACUUUCCAUCGCGUCCCCAAAAUUGUGGAUAACGCUCUGAAGGCUGCUGGUGCUGACAGAAUGAUCGAGAUCGGUCUCACCGACGCCGCAAGUGACGAUGUUUUUAUCGCUUACGAGACAUGGGAAGACAGCACAUUUUGGCCAGCUGUCCGAGCCGCAUUUCCUGCCGAUAAUGCCACCUCGUGUAAAGGAGUUGCAAGUACUCUGCAAGCACACAUAUCUGACAUGCGCCUGACGGUGCUGAACCUGGACAUGGGAAAAGCGCGUGUCAUUGCCAGUCGUCCCUUGACUGCGGAAGGAGAACCCUUGAAGAAGCACAUAGAUAUCGAGCUACCGUCCGGAUCCUCCUACAGAGCUGGCGAUUACUUGACAAUACUGCCAUCUAAUCCUCGAGAGACAGUGCUGCGCGCCCUGCGAAGGCUCCGCUUGCCAUGGGAUGCUACCGUGACUAUCGAAGACAGCGGGUCCAGGCUUCCGACGAACGUCCCAGUGCCAGCACAGAGCAUCCUUGGUGACUACGUUGAGCUUGGACAAACAGCGACGCGCAGGGAUGUCAGUGCGCUUGCCGAUACAGUCGGGAUCAGCGCACAAGACAAGAGAGCAUUGCAGUGGCUUGGCGCCGACGGAUACGAUGCUGAAGUCGCAGCUAAGCAGGCUUCACUAUUAGAACUGCUAGAGAAGCAUACAUCUGUCGAUAUCUCCUUCGGGCAAUUCCUGAGCAUGCUCCCACCGAUGCACGUGCGGCAAUACUCCAUUUCCUGCUCACCUAGGAACCCCCAUGUAGCAUCGCUCACAUUUUCGGUGAUCAGAGGGGCAGCACGAUCAGGCCAGGGAGAGUUCCAUGGCACUGCAAGCUCGUACCUUGCUAGCCUACAGGCCGGUGACCAGCUUCACGUUUCCGUGAGGCCAUCGCACGAUGCGUUUCACUUAUCCCCUGAUUCCAAUUCGGCUCCCCUCAUCAUGGUCGCCGCAGGAACCGGCAUAGCUCCGUUUCGAGGCUUUAUAGAAGAGCGCGCGACCAUGAUUGGCGCCGGACACGAGAUUCCACCAGCGGUACUGUAUCAUGGAUGCCGACAGCGUGGUCGGGAUGACUUGUAUGACCAGGAACUGAAACAUCCGGAAGAUAUUGGCGCUGUUGCUGUUAAGAGGGCGUUCAGUCGAGAGCCUCGCGAGUCAAAUGCCUGCAAAUAUGUGCAAGAUAGACUAUGGGUCGACCGACAUGAUCUGCUGAAGCUGUGGCGCCAGGGCGCAUUUUUAUACAUAUGCGGCUCCAAGGAGAUCUACAAGGCAGUUGGAGAUAUUGCAGUACGCUUCAAGCUGGAAAUUGCAGAGUCCAGAGGCAAACACCUGACAGAGGCGGAUGCGAAGAGUUGGUGGGCCACGAUGCGGAAUGUUCGGUAUGCGGUCGACGUCUUUGAUUAG